AUGCAGGUGAAGGCCGCACGGGCGGGGUUGCAGUCCGACCUUUUGCUUGUCAACAAGGUCGUCCUAAAGCAUAUAAGAUCAGUUGACUUCACCAAAGACUACAGGCUCAUCAAUAUCAAGGACGACCGCGUCCACGAGGAAGAUGGAACUUACAACUUCGAUUUCGAAGCUGCCAAUGGCAUCAGCUUCUCUCAGGCUGGAUCCUCCGGCGGUGAUGACGACGCUGUGAUCAAGGCUGGAGAAUAUUCGCACACUGUUCUUGACGGCACUGAAAUCCACCUUACCUUCGUGGCUGACGGGAACGUCUUUGAGCUUCAGGGUGACCAUCUCCCAGCGGCUCCCGAGUUCCCCCACCAGAUUCCUGGCUUCGUCCUCGAGCAGUUCGCCUUCUCCGUCGAAGAGAACUGCAACCGAGCCCGCAGCGACGACUCCGAUGAAGUUUCCGUCCCAUUUAGCCUUUACGGACGUCCCAAUUAA